GACGGGUGAGAGUAUAGAUAAGGGCGGGAAAUAUAGAUAAGGGCGGGAAAUUUCAUCGUCCUGACUGUUGGAGCAUCGCGCCUCUCUUCUCAUUUCUCCCGCGCCCCUUCUCGCCGCCCAGUUGUGCGCGAACUCGGGUAUUCUAUAUUUAGACUCGUGUACCCUUGUUCAUGAUGGGGCCGCGACUUGGCGAAGGAGGAGGGGAGGGCAGAUGGCGAGAUGGUGGUGGGUUUGGCAGUAUGAAGCUGGAAUGCGCGGGAAGCGUGGCGUGCAUGGUGAAUGCGGAGAUCCAAGCCGUGGUAGCGGUGAUGCGGCAGAAUACCCGCUGGGCGGCGACUCGUUUCUCCGAGGACGAUUCUGCGGACGACCCCCUUCUGCUCAGUUUCAAACUGUUGAGGAAAGAGAUAUUCUCGUGGCAGGAUUGGAAUCAGGUGAGUCCUCCUCGCUACCUUAUUGCUUUUCUGGAAGUGAUCCGCUCCCCCGAAACCAGUGCGCCCAUAACCAGCGUCGCGCUCUCAGCUGUCUACAAGAUCCUGUCCAUAGAGAUCUUCGACGCGAACAGCCUCGAUGCUGCUGGGGCCAUGCACCUUAUCGUGGACGCCGUGACGGGCUGCCGAUUCGAAGUGACGGACCCGGCAUCGGAGGAGGUGGUGCUCAUCAAGAUCCUGCAGGUGCUCCUCUCGUGCCUGAAAUGCCGCGCGGGCGCUCUGAUCACCGAACGCGAUGUGUGCAACGUGAUAAACACGUGUUUCCGCGUGGUACAUCAAUCCGUGACGAAAGGCGAGCUGCUGCAGAGGAUGUCGUGCCACAUAAUGCAAGAGAUGAUAAGGGCGAUCUUCGGGAGAUUGGCGUACUUGCCAGAAGUGGACGGGCGAGGGAUAUCGGGGGGUUCCGCCAAGGGUUCCGUGUCGUUCGGACGCGGGGGGGAGAGAGAGAGAAUGGCGCGGCGGGUGGACGGGGCGGCGGUUUACAGGGUGAAGAAGGGGACGCGGAACGUGGAAUCUGGGCCAGGGGGAGGGGGCGUCGCGAGUGAGAGAGGGGAGGAAGGGGGCGGUGCGCGAGGGGAGGAGAAUGGAACCGUCAGCCACGGCGACGGAGGAGCAGGGGGUGCUGUAGGCGAGAGCUUUGGCGUCGCCGGGAGGAAGGAAGGCGGAGCUGCUGGCGGAGGACCAGCAGCAGCAGCAGCAGCAGCAGCCGGAGGAGGAGGAGGAGAAGGAGGUGUAGGAGGCGGGGGGUUCGUAUGGUCGGGAGGGGACACACCUGUGGGCGCCGAACCGUCUGCCGAGGGAGGGGAUGGGGUAGGAGGAGGCGAUGGAGGGUCCGAGCGGGUUGAGGAACAGUCUUCGGGAAAAAUGGAGGUCCCACCACCUUAUGGAGUCUCCUGUUUGGUGGAGGUGUUUCAGUUCCUGUGCUCUCUCGUCAGCCUGAAUGAUGGGGAGCUGAGAACCCUAGGUCCCCCGGGGUCGCAGAUGGCCGCCCUCCACGAUCCAGAAGACAUGUCCUUAUUCGGUCUGGCGCUCAUUAAUAGUGCCCUGGAGGUCGGCGGAUCGAACUUCGCCAGACAUCCGAGACUCUUGGCACUUGUGCAAGACGAAUUGUUCCGGAACCUCAUGCAAAUGGGACUCUCCCAGAAUCUCUCCCUCCUCUCGCUUGUCUGCGGCAUCAUCCUGAGCCUGUAUCGCCAUCUGAGGCGGCAUUUGAAACUUCAGCUGGAGGCGGCGUUCGAAUUCGUGCUGAUCCCUCUAGCGCAGGGCAAGCUCUGCUCUUACGAACAGCAGGAAGUGGCAAUUGAAGCCUUAGUGGACUUGUGCCGGCAACCGACCUUCAUGCCAGAUCUCUAUGCGAAUAUGGAUUGUGACAUAAUGUGCGAGAACACUUUCGAGGACUUGUCCAAUCUUCUGAGCAAGAAUGCUUUUCCCGUGAAUUCUCCCCUCUCUGCGGUGAACGUGUUGUCGCUAGAGGGUCUUCUGGCGGUGGUGCAUGCCAUAGCCAGACGGACGGCGAUGGCGGCAGGGGCGGACUCUAACGGCGGUCCUCUGGACGCGUCUUAUUUGUCAUCUAUCUAUUCCACGUCCUCCUCGUCCUCUGUGUCUUCCCUGUCGCGCGUGGCACUCGCAGGCGCGCCUGAAUGUGCGGUGUCUGCUUCUCUGUCAACUGUCUCCUCGCCAACGAGAACUGGAGGGAGUAAAGGAGGAAGAGGAGGAGGAGACGGAGGAGAGGUUAAGGAAUACACUCAGUUUUGGAAGGAUCGGUGCGCUGAUUGCGAAGACGCUGGGGUAUGGGUAGAGUUCCUUCGUCGGCAGAAGUUCAUAAAGCGGCGGCUGAUGAUCGGUGCGGAUCAUUUCAAUCGGGACCCGAAGAAAGGGCUGGAAUUUCUGCAGGGUCAGCGGCUGCUGCCCGCGGAACUGGACCCGAAGAGCGUUGCUUGCUUCUUCCGCUACACUCCAGGAUUGGAUAAGAACCUUCUCGGAGAGUACUUCGGCGAUAGAGAUGACUUCAACAUCAAGGUGUUGCACGCGUACGUGAGCGAAUUCGAUUUCACCGACAUGAGCUUGGACACCGCUCUGCGGACUUUCCUAGAGAGCUUUCGCCUGCCGGGAGAAGCGCAGAAGAUCGAGCGUAUCAUGGAAGCCUUUGCGGGGAGAUUCUUUGAGCAUUGCCAGGGCGUUUUCGAGCACAAAGACGCCGCCUUUGUGCUCUCCUAUUCUGCCAUCAUACUGAACACCGAUUUGCACAACGGGCAGGUCAGGAGGAAAAUGACAGAGGAGGAGUUCAUCCGAAACAACAAGUCGAUUAACAACGGCAAAGAUCUGCCUAGGGAGUUGCUGGUCGAUUUGUACCAUUCCAUCGCGCGGAACGAGCUAAGGAUAACGGAUAGUGGGGUAGUGGCUUCGGAAAUGACGUACAGCCGCUGGGUGGAUUUGAUCCGACGGAGCAAAGUGGUGGCGCUGUUCGUUCCGUGCGAAGACCUGCCGCUCCUCGAUCUCGAUAUGUUUGGAAUUAUGUGGGGGCCGGCGAUUGCGGCCAUAUCCGUGGUGUUUGAUCACGCGGAGGAGGAGGACGUUCUUAACGAAUGCCGCGAUGGCUUCCUCGCUGUUGCCAAAAUCUCGGCCUAUUACUGCAUGAAGGAUGUGAUAGAUAACCUCGCGGUGUCGCUCUGCAAGUUCACCACGCUGCUCAAUCCGGGGGCGGAGCGGCCUGCCUUCGCCUUCGUGGAAGAUAGCAAGGCGAAGAUGGCGGCGGAGACGGUGUUCUUCAUCGCCAACAACUACGGUGAUCACAUCCGGACGGGGUGGAGGAAUCUGGUGGACUGUAUCGUGCGGUUGCACCGGUUGAGGUUGCUGCCGCGCUUCUUCCUGGAAAGCGAGGAGACGGCGGGAGCGCCCGGCGGGGUGAGCUCCCCGCCUUCGUCGUCGUCUGUGCAAGCUCCUCCGCAGCAAGCGGCGGCGGGCUCUUCCCCGUCUUCUCCGGUUCUCCGCCCGUCCUCCGCCGUCGUCGCGGUCCUGCUCCCGGACAGCAGCGGGGUCGUAGGCACGGCGCCCGCGCCCUCGUCGGAGUCGGGCGCCGCAGGCGGCGGCGCUGGCGGCGGCGCCAACCAUCGGACGCGGUGGAGCAUGUCGUCGGGGGGCUCGUCAGGCGCGUCCUCCUCGCUCGGAGUGCUUCCUCCGGCGCGGGGGCGCUCCGGAUCUAGCGGCCUGAUGGGGCGUUUCAGUCAACUAUGGUCGCUCGAGACGGACUCCCCUACUCAGGACCAGAUCGCGGCUUAUCAAUUUAUGGCGCGCGCGAUGGAGACCUGCCGGGUCGAGGAGAUAUUCACGCGCAGUAGGUCGUUGGCGCCAGAGUCGCUGGUGCAGCUGGCGAAAGCGCUGGUGGCGGCGGGGCCCCGCCCUCAGAAACCUGCCAUAGGCGGCGGAGGGGGCGGGGGUGGGGGCGCGCUGGCGCUUCAGGAGGAGGAAGAAACGGCGGUGCUCUGUCUCGACCUCCUCAUGCAGGUCACCUUCUGUAAUCGGGAUCGCGUCCUACUUAUCUGGUCGGUGGUGAGAGACCACUUGGACAAGAUAAUGGCCACGUCCUUAACCCCAGGACCGCUCGUGGAGAAAGCCGUGUUCGAGCUCCUGCGCACGGGUCUCCGCCUCAUGUCUUUGUCCGAGGAGGUGGCGGAGGAGCUCCUCCGCUCGCUUCAGCUCAUCCUGCGCCUUGACGCUAAGGUCGCGGAUUCACUCUGCGAGCGCAUUGCCUCUGAUAUCCUCCAGCUGCUGAAGGUGAAUUUUCAUCACAUCCGUUCGCCAAUGGGAUGGCGAACCGUGUGCUCGCUUUUGGCGAAAACGGCGCGCCAUCCGGACGCGGCGGAGACGGGGUUCGAUGCGCUGACCUUCAUCAUGAGUGACAGUUCGCACAUCACGCAGGCGAACUUCCUGGCGUGUCUGGAGACGGGGCUGGCGUUCGCGGAGGCGCGGGUAGGGGGAGUAGAUCGCUCCAUGCGCGCGCUCACUCUUGUCGGAGGGCUGGUAGGUAACCUGACACGGUGGGCCACGGCACUGGGAGAUGGCGGGAGCGGCGGCUUAGGAGGAACUAUGGGGGGGGGGGGGGCGGGGUAUGGCGGAGGCGGGGCGGGGCUGGGGGCCGACGACGCGGCAUACAUUCAAGAAGCUGGGCGGAAGGAGUUGCUCGACUUCUGGACUCGACUUGUGCGUGGAGUGCGGCUUGUGUGCAUCGAGCCUAGGGAGGAUGUCCGCGACCACGCUCUUCUCUGCUUGCAGAGGUCCCUGCUGGCGGCGGAUGCCAUCGUGCCCAUGCCUGUGCUUUGCGGGCCGGCGUUCGAUCAAGUGGUCUUCCCUGUGCUGGACGAGUUGCUGGACAUAGCCCAGGGACAGUCACCCAAGGAGUACAGAGGAAUGGAAGCGACGCUAAGAAAGGCAAUGGCGCUCUUGUCGAGGAUAUUUUUGCAUUUUUUGCACCACUUGGCGGGGUCGCCAGGUUUUCAACCGCUGUGGUUGGCGGUGCUAGAGAGGAUGGAAAGGUAUAUGAGGCUGGCGACGUCACAGGGAAGGAGAGGGGGGUUGCUGUACGAACAGUUAGCGGAGAACAUUCCGGAGCUGCUCAAGAACAUGCUGCUUGUAAUGCAUAGUAGACAGGUGCUAUUACCCGUGGUGGCGGGAGGAGGAGGAGGAGGAGGGACAGGGAUAGAGAGCGGAGAUGGAGGAAGCGGAAUUACACAACAGUCCCAAAUGUCCAUGUGGGAUUUGACGUGGCAACACGUGAGUCUUAUAGCGCCGAAUUUCUCUCCGGAAACGGUGCUCGGCGUGCAGGUCCGCGUGCAGGGGUGAUGGAUGGGUCGAUCAGCCUCUUAUGGCAUGCCAGGGUUCUCCUUAUUGAGGAGAUGAGAGAUGGGAAAUGCCAGUGAGCAACAUGGAAGACGAACGAAACUCCGGGGGAGCGGAGAGAGAAUGGAGGCAUGAGAGCGCGUGCUAAUGUGUGUGCGUGUGCGUGCGCUGGCCAAAAAGCGGGGGCGGUGGAGGAGAGAGAGAGAGAGAGAGAGAGAGAGAGAGAGAGAGAGAGAGAGAGAGAGAGAGAGAGAGAGAGAGAGAGAGAGCAUGUGCUUGUAGCUUUCGAAGGGGGAAUGUGUCGGCGAAAACGUCUCCGCGAUUUGGGGAUAGGCCAGGCCAUCGACUAAAGAGGCUUGGGAAAAGAUUGUGACUAGGAGCGAGCGUUUGAGUGGGUGGGUGCAUGACAGGAAUAAGGAUGUUCGGUUACCGUCGUAGAUAUACUUGGAUUAAUUGUCCAGGGCCCUUGGACUAAAGGCACGUGUUUCGUCGUCAGGGCUAAGCCAGCCAGGGACUCCGUUGCGCCGCACCGCAUGUAAUAAAAAGCAAGCUAUUGGCCCCACGUGUGAGUUUUUCUUUGCGUUUCGCGUUCGUGUGUGCGUGUGCCGGUAGAGUGGGCGUUGGGGGGAGGGGGAGCGAGCGAGCGAGCGAGCGAGCGAGAGCGAGAGAGAGAGAGAGAGAGAGGAGAGAGAGAAAGAGAGGGUGUGCUGAGGCAAACCCUGUGUCCGCACAUGUGGGAUGAGCUGCGUGAGGGAGGAGAAGGAGGUGGUAGACUGGUGGCGAUGAUUGAGAACCUAGCAAAUUGAGUCGGGAAAAGGGGAGGGCGGGGGCGGGUCAAAUGGGUAUAAAAUAGGUUAAGGAAGGGGGUUGAUUCGCUAAGGAGGAAAUGAUAGCAGAAUGGUUGACGGCACUCCGUUGGCGCGAAGAGGGAUUGAUGGAGCCGAGAAGGAGCCGCCGGUGGGUGAUAACAGCGUUCUCGAAAAUCGACUAAGUUUCCAGCAUCUAGUUGAUCUCAUUUCCGCAGGCAAGGAAGGUAUUUCAAUUCGCGAAGGCAGAAGAAGCCGAAGGAGGAGUAGGUGCAAACCUACUUUCCGAGCUAAGGCAGGUGUCUUUUGUUUUUUUUGGUUCAAUUCCUUAAUUGGUCGCUGAUUAACAGUUCGUCCACGUUAGUUGUCAAAAUGAUGACGCAUCGUCGUAAUUGUCUUAUGUUCUUCGUCGUUUCCCUGCUCUUUUAAUUUCCCAUUUUUUGGGCGGAUGCUUGCGCUGUCUCUUUUAGUCGCCUGUGAAAUAAUACUUCACCGUGGUGGAUUCUGCGGCUGUAGCCGUCCCCCUUACCUUUUGCGCGUUCUCCUUCACCUUUAUUAUUAUUUACCUAUCGCCAUUCUGUGCUCAACUCGUCUCUUUGUUUCUCUCUCUCUCUCUCUCUCUCUCUCUCUCUCUCUCUCUCUCUCUCUCUCUCUCUCUCUCUCUCNUCUCUCUCUCUCUCUCUCUCUCUCUCUCUCUCUCUCUCUCUCUCUCUCUCUCUCUCUCUCACACACACACACACACACACACACACAUACACACAGACACACACAAACACAGACACAGACACACACACACAAACACACAAAUAGACACACAUACAGACCUCAUGAUGAGUCGGUGAAAGUCCGACGAAUCAGUGUGGCACAGUCGUGCGUUUGUUGUGUGUAGCGAAUAUGACAACACACACAAACACGCAAACACGCGCGCCCACACAGACGUACAGACUGACACAGCCGUAAAGUGCCCUCCUUCAUGUUCCUUCUUCGCUUUCUCCUUCGCGUUGAUUACCCUCCUGCUGGGAAUCUUUCGUGCUCCCAGUCCACCGCGCCUGCAGUCCCGCUCCUCCUCCUGUCUCACACUCACACACCCACACACACGCAGAUUUCUCUCUCUUCCUAGUACCAUACGAUUGAGAUUCACCUCCAGAACAGCCGUCACCUUUCUCCUCUUCCCGCGUACACGGCUUCCCUUCUUUACUUGCCUGCAGUUUGCAUCUCCUUCCUUUGUGGGUUCUCCUCCAUCCAUCGCGCUCUUCAUCUGGUGCAAGCUAUCGACCUGGUAUACACAAUCAGUUAUCCCUCGGGUGUCAGUAAUCAGGAAAUUGGAUGCUCAGCGUAUUUGGGCACUAGAAUUUUCGCUCAGCAUAUUUGGGCACUAGAAUUUUCGCUCGAAUGUUGACUUGACAGGGAAUCUUUCUGAGGCCUAAGAGCCUGGCGGCCGCCAGAGGGAGAGUAUGAACAUGACGAUGUGUUGUGUAGAGAGGAAGAAAGGUGGAGUGUAGAGUUUGUGGAAGUGUGAGGAUGGAUGAAGUCGUAAGGCAGUAAGAAGAAAAGUAGAGAAUGAGGUUUGUCGUUAGAAUAGCGUCGUUGGGAAUGGAGUAAUUGAGGGAUUGAUUAAUUUUUGGAAAUUGAUCAUUUAGUCAGCAGGUGGUGAGGGCAGCAGAAGCAGUGUCUUCUUGAAAUAAAAAGGUACGCAAUUA